UCAACUCCUUCAUACCAUCGGUGUUCAAAUGAGAGGUUAGAACGUUGAGCACAUUUUCACGUCCAAGCGCUCAUUCCUCACGGUACGGCAAGGGUUCAUCUGACAAAGGUUUGGGAUACUCUAAACCGCGACCUUACGGUACGGCCUCUAACCCUGGGGACCGUCUUUGCUGUGUGCAAGUUUUUCUUUGUGUCGGAGGUGAAAAACCUCGCUGCUUCCCCGUCUUACCUGUCCCAUCCGCCGGUCUGCGGUGCGUCGCGUCCAGGUAGCAGCGUCCCCAGUUUGAUCCUUCUCCAGUGGAGGCAAGUCCAGCUGUGGGUGAACAUUUUGCAAAAUUGUGAUCUUUAGAGUGAAGAUGGGAAACCUCAGAUCAUUGAGUGGCUUCAUUUUCUUGACCCUUGCAGUCUUCACCACAGCCAGACCAAAAUCAGGUCCUGAUCAGAAAUGUAAGUCUGGUCCAGUGGAUCUAGUCUUUCUCAUCGACAGCUCCCGCAGCGUAAGACCACAUGAGUUUGAAACCAUGAGGAAGUUCAUGGUUGACAUCCUGAACACCCUGGACAUUGGACUUGACACCACAAGAGUGGGAGUUGUUCAGUACUCCAGCCAGAUUCGCAGUGAGUUCUUCCUGAAGACACACAGCAAGCUGGAAAACAUGGUGAAUGCCAUCAAUGAGAUUGUUCCACUGGCUCAGGGCACCAUGACAGGCCUCGCCAUCAAAUAUCUGAUGAAUGAAGCUUUCAGUCCUGGGCAGGGAGAUAGGCCAAAGGUCCCCAAUGUGGCUGUGAUUGUGACAGAUGGACGUCCUCAGGACCGUGUGACAGAGGUGGCUGCUGAGGCCAGAGAAAGAGGCAUUGAGAUCUAUGCUGUGGGAGUGGCAAGAGCUGAUAUGACAUCACUAAGAGCCAUGGCCUCCCCGCCCUUCGAAGACCAUGUCUUCCUGGUGGAGAGGUUUGACCUUAUCCACCAGUUUGGACUUCAGUUCCAAGACAAGCUGUGUGGUAAAGAUCUGUGUCUGGAGUCUGACCAUGGCUGCGAGCAGCUCUGUGAGAGCUCCCCAGGAUCCUACACAUGCCACUGCCUGCCCGGAUACAGACUGAAUGCUGAUGGGAAAACAUGCUCAGCCAUUGAUCUGUGUGUCGAGGGAAAGCAUGACUGUCAACAGAUCUGCAUCAGCUCACCUGGUUCCUUCACCUGUGACUGCGACCAAGGCUAUCACCUGAAUGAUGACAAGAAGACGUGCUCACCCAUUGACCUGUGCGCUGAGGGAAAGCAUGACUGUGAACAAGUCUGUGUCUACUCGGGCCCGGGCAUCUUCACCUGCGACUGCAAGGAGGGAUACAGACUCAAUGUGGAUGAGAAGACCUGUGCACCCAUUGACCUGUGCGCUGAGGGAAAACAUGACUGUGACCAAGUCUGUGUCAACAUGGGCCCGGGCAUCUUCACCUGCAACUGCAACGAAGGAUACAGACUCAACAUGGAUGAGAAGACCUGCUCACCAAUUGACCUGUGCGCUGAAGAAAAACAUGACUGUCAACAAAUCUGUGUCUACUCGGGCCCGGGCAUCUUCACCUGCGACUGCAACGAGGGAUACAGGCUCAAUGUGGAUGAGAAGACCUGCGAACCCAUUGACCUGUGCGCUGAGGGAAAACAUGACUGUCAACAAGGGUGUGUCAACAUGGGCCCGGGCAUCUUCACCUGCGACUGCAACGAGGGAUACAGACUCAAUGAAGAUGAGAAGACCUGCGAACCCAUUGACCUGUGCGCUGAGGGAAAACAUGACUGUGAACAAGUGUGUGUCAACAUCGGCCCGGGCAUCUUCACCUGUGACUGCAACGAGGGAUACAAACUCAACGGGGACAAGAAGACCUGCUCACCCAUUGACCUAUGCGCUGAGGGAAAACAUGGCUGUGAACAAGUGUGUGUCUACCUGGGCCCGGGCAACUUCACCUGCGACUGCAACGAGGGAUACAGACUCAACGGGGACAAGAAGACGUGCUCACCCAUUGAUCUCUGUGCUGAGGGAAAACAUGACUGUGAACAAGUCUGUGUCAACAUGGGCCCAGGCAUCUUCACCUGCGACUGCAACGAGGGAUACAGACUCAAUGAAAAUGAGAAGAGCUGCUCAGCCAUUGACCUAUGUGCUGAAGGGAAGCAUGACUGUGAACACAUCUGUAUCAGUGCCCCCGGUGUGUUCACGUGUGACUGUAAUAAAGGAUUCAAACUCAACAAGGACAAGAGGACCUGCACAAACAUGGACAUGUGCAACACAGUGAAGCAUGGCUGUGAGUACCAGUGUGUUAACACCCCUGGAUCUUACUACUGUAUCUGUCCUGAAGGACAACUACUUCAGGAGGAUAGCAAGACAUGUGGCACUUGCAAGUCUGCAAACAUCGAUCUGGUGCUUCUGAUCGAUGGCUCCAAGAGUGUCCGCCCUCAAAACUUUGAACUUGUCAAGAAGUUUGUCAAUCAGGUUGUGGACUCUCUAGACGUGUCUGCUCAUGGUACCAGAAUAGGUCUGGUUCAGUACUCCAGCCGGGUCAGGACCGAGUUCCCACUCAACAUGUACCACACUGCUGAAGACAUCAAAGCUGCAGUCAUGAAGGUUGAUUACAUGGAAAAAGGAACAAUGACAGGUCUGGCACUGAAACACAUGCUGGAAAACAGCUUCUCAGAAGCAGAAGGCGCCCGUCCAGCCAGUCGCAACAUCCCCCGAGUUGGACUAGUUUUCACAGACGGACGAUCCCAAGAUGACAUCAGCGAGUACGCCAAAAAGGCUAAAGAAGCAGGAAUCACUAUGUAUGCUGUUGGUGUGGGCAAAGCUGUGGAAGAUGAACUGCGUGAAAUUGCAUCUGAGCCUGUGGAGAAACAUUUCUAUUACACAACUGAUUUCAGUGCCAUUAACACCAUUGCUGAGAACCUCAAACUUAAUGUGUGCCCAGCGGAGAGUCAAGGGGAAGUUGCGAUGAAGGAUCCGUGUGCCUGUGAGAACCUGGUGGAGUUCCAGCAGGCCACCGUUAACAGUUUGGAUCAGCUAACACAAAAACUAGCUUCAAUGGCUGCCCGUUUGGAGCGACUGGAGAACCAGCUCCUCUCUAGGAAGUGAUUUGGUCGACAAGAGUGACCAAUGAGGACAGCACACAGGGAAACUGGUGGAAAAAAGAAGAUGACCCAUCCUGGAAAAUGUUUAUUAACCAAUUGAGAUCUGCAGCAUGAGCAAAAAGUGUUUGAGAAGCAAUCAGAAACACAUCAUAAAAACCAGUUGAUUUUACAAGACGUUUGCAGUUCUUCGGACUCUGUGAAAUACAUGACAGUUUUUUGCAUUGAAUCAAAUUUCUCUUGUAACUGUAAAUGGCAUAAAUAACCAACAUCGCCAAGUACCAAUGCACAACAGCUGUAUUUGAAAAAAAAAAAAAGCAGACUUACAGUGUGUUUUCACAGAGAACACUAUGAAUACCUCUGUGUUUAUUUGAUGUAUUUGAUGAUAUUUGUUACUGGUCUCUUUUUUUAAAAACACUCCAUUCUAAACAGGCUGUCUGUUUUUGUGAACUAGAUGUAGAAAUAGAAAGUGUAGUGUAGGUAUAAGACAUCAGAUUAAAACUGAAAUAUCAGGUCUUGACAUAGUCAGAAUCAUCUGCCUUAUUUAAACCGGAUCCUUUUUACAGUGUAACAAAAUAUGUAUUUAUGGCAGAUUGCAGUUUUUUAACCAACGGCAGAAACACAAAAACGAAAAAGAAGGACAUGAAUUGGAGAAAUUAUGUCCUGAUACCACUUCUUUUAACUCUCUGGCUUGUGUCACAUUAAACUUGUUUUUCUUAGCUCGUAAGCAAAUGUCUAGACCAGAUCCACUUUCCAGAGAUGAGACAAUUGAGAAGAUAACUGGCUUUAAUAUGAAAAGGGAAUUAAAUGAGUCUUAAUGUUUACUUAAGCUGUGGUGUUAAUUCAGUAAAGGAAUCUGCAAAUCCUAUAGAACUUACUGCUUUUCUUUUAUUUGAAUAUUUAUAAUUUUCAGCUUUUUUCAUAUAUCCUGAAAUAUAAUAUAUAUUAAAAAAACUAUUUUUUUUUAGAAACUUCAAUUCAAACUUAUUAAAAUUACUUCUAGUUUAGUUGUGUACUUACAGUUUGUAAUAAAAAAAUACCGACAAAUUUAUAACUUUUAAUAUUUGAAUAUCUGUCUGAUUUUGUAUAUUUUUUAAUAACUACUUUUUGUAUUUUUUUUUUUAUGAAUCUUUGUAUUAAACCAAAGAGAGCAAUAAAGAACUAAAUGUUUUGCUG